UGGUUCCUCCCUUCCCAAGCUCCGGUAACUGCCACUCUCUUCCCAUACUUUUAUAAAGUCCCCCCGUAGCAAGGCUGAAACUCCCUCCUCCUGCCUACCUCCCUUUUUCUCCCACCUUCUCCCACCCCAAACUAUAUACUUCCCACUCGGCCCCAAUUUUGAAGCCGAAUCUUCCAUACUUCUUAUAAUACCACCAUGUCUACUCGCAAGAGAAAGAAUGACCCCGAGGAGGAGCUCCAGGCUCUUCCUAGCGACGACAGUGAAGAGGAAGAGGAGUACGAAGACUCCGAGGUAGGAAGCGACGUCGGCGAAGAAGAAGGCGGAGAAGUGGAAGAAGACUCUGAAGAUUACUCUGAUGAAGAUGAAGAAGAGGAAGAAGGCAAAGCCGAAGGUCCUCCAGCCGCCAAGAAGCAAAAGACUAAGCCUGCGGCCGAUGAGAAAGCCGAUGAGAAAGCCGCCAAUGGUGAUAAGGAAGAUGAGGAGGAAGAGGAGGAGGACGAGGAAGAAGUGGAAGAAGAGGCGGAUGAUACGGCGAAGACUAGUGGUCCUGCUGCGGCUGCGGCUAAGGCCAAGGGUGACGUUGUCCCUAAAGAAGCGGAUUUGGCUGAAGUUGAUGAUGUUGAAGACGAGGAAUAA